GCCACACUAUCAGCUCUACGUUCGCGCGUUUUAUUGUUUACCAGCGGCCCUUGUGAAAUUAUAUAGAAUACUCAAUUACAAAUCCCUCAAAAGCCAAGAAAAUGAAUGAUUCAUUUGGAGAUUUCAAUGCCACACAAACUGCGCCAACUGGAGCCGCCAGCAAUCAAAAGGGAGAAGGAAUAGUGCCCCUGGUGGUGAAGCAGAUUGUGGACGCCCCAGAGGGAAACAUCGAGUUGUUCGGCAUGCAGUACGCCAUGGCAUGUGUUGUGGCCAUAGUGCGGAACGUGGAGACUUCCUCGACGAAGAUCACCUACACCCUGGAGGAUCAUAGCGGCAGGAUCGAUGCGCACUACUGGCUUGAGGAGGGCGACGCUCUCAAGGCACCCGAAGUAAUGGUCAACAACUACGUGAAGGUCUACGGCACCACCCGGUCGCAAGGCGGUUCCAAAACCCUAAUGAUCUUCAAGCUACUGCCCGUUUUGGAUCCCAACGAGGUGUGCACCCACCUGCUGGAAGUACUCAAUGCCCGCUACAGGGCCGAGGACUACCAGAGCAAGGGUGGAGCUGGAGCUGGUGCAGGGGCUUCUUCCGGCUCAGGCUCCAUAGCUGAUUUCACCGCCUCCCAGAGCUCGGCCAUUGUCAGUGGGCUGGAGCCCAAGCAGCAGGCCGUAUUCCAGGCCAUCAAGAGCAAUGUUUCCGAGGAGGGCAUCUCCCGCAAGGAACUGAAAGCCAAAUUCUCCCACAUCAGCGACUCUGAGUUGACCAACAUUCUGGACUUUAUGAUUUCCGAGGGACACAUUUAUUCCAGCAUUGACGCAGAUCACUUUAUUUGCACAAUGUAAAUCAAAUCGUGUAACCACUAUUUAAUUUAAAAAUGCGUAUUGAAUAUAUGUAUUAAGUUUUUGAAAAACGGGAACAUUUUCCAUAUAUUAGUUGUACAUUAAAUAUUUCUUAUAUAAUCAG